AACCCUAACAUAAGCCCUAGUUGAAAUUUGGGGAAAGUUUUGAGUGAAAUUCUCAGAGGUGAAAGUGAUGACAGAAGCAACGCAAUCCGUUGAUGCGAAGCAUGUCGGAAGGAAACGGAAAUCGGGGAAAAAGAAGGGGAUAAUGGCGAAGAAGAGGCAAAGAACGAUGCAGCGAGGUUCUGAAAGGAAGGUCAAAAUUAAUCCGAAAGCGAGGAAAUUGUAUCAGAAAAGGGCUAGGGAUUACAAUUCCGACGAGGAAGAUGAAGAUGAGGAGGAGCCCGAGCAAGCCGCCAGUGCAGUUGCAGUUGACGAACGCAAGCAAAUUGGCGAUGGAUUUGACGACGACGGUGAUGAAGAGAAUGAAGGGGUUGAGGGAGAGGAAGAAGAAGUUUCGGAAGACGAAAGCGGCAAAAUUCAGCCUGGGAUUGUGAGGUUUUCCGAGGGGAUUAAGGCGUUUAAGUCGGCAUUUAAGAAGAUUGUUAAGAAGAGUGGUGGCGACGAGGAUGUGUUGGGGCCUGUGUUGUCUGCCAAUAAGAAGCUGUUAGCUGAGAAGCUUGCUGAAGAGGAUUUAGAGAAGAAAGUGAAGGGGGAUGCGAAGAAGGAGAAGCACAUGAUAAGCGAGAAGGGGCAUGUGAAGCCUGCAGAGUUUUUGGAUGCUCAUGAGAAAUUUCUGUUGGGAGUGGCAACUAAAGGAGUGGUGAAGUUGUUCAAUGCUGUAAACAAGGCCCAGAAUGCUCAGAAGGGUUUAAAUCCUUUACGAACAAAGGAUGAGAAAGUAAUAAAGCAACGAAGGAAGGAAGCCUUCUUCUCGGAGUUGGGCAGGACAUCAACCCAAUCAGCUGCGACAGUUAACAAGGUUGGCACCUCAAGUGGCUCUGUGGACGGCGAAGCUCCUGCAUGGGCCCCUCUGCGUGACAAUUUCAUGUUGACGAACCCCAAGUUAAAAGAUUGGGACAAGAUGCAGGAUACAAAUUCUGCAGACGACUUUGGCCGGGCAUCAGAUGCUGAUUCUUCAUCAGACGACGAGUGAUGCAUAUCUCUCGCCUUGAGAAGGUUAGAUUGUUUGUCUAUGGUGCGAAAGUUGGAUGAAGCUGCUCGGUGCUCACGGUCUUUACUUGUGAGACGAUCUAUUUUCAAUGCUUCCCCGAGUAACGAAAAUCAAAGCGACGCCUAUGAUGACCUCAAGCUGGUUUAGGGGGAAGAAAAUCAGCACGACGUGCUCAAAACUUACUUUUAUCCUCCAAUUUUGUGUUCUAUGUUAUAGUUGCAUUCCAUGUUGUAUAAAAUUAUUGAUUCUCGUUUGUUAACUUUAUGGUUAUAUAUUUUUUGAUAC